CAGCACUUUCGCCUCAGUUAUCGUGGCCAUCUUCAUACGAUCGACAGUGUGAGUUUCAGACAAAGAUGGGUCAAAUUCAAAGCGAUGAAGAUGAGGAAGUGGAACUAGCAGACAUCCAGCCUCUUUAUACCAAAUUCAUGACGGUGUGCCCAAGCGGAGCCCUGCAUCUUCACGAAUUCCGCAAGAUCUUCGGAGUUCAGAGCACAUCAGAAGAUGAGGCUUUGUACAUGGAAACCCUCUUCAAAUCGUUUGACACAAACAGGGAUAAUGUUAUAGACUUUAUGGAAUUUGUAGCAGCAGUCCACCUGGUUCUGAGAGGAAAACUGGAGGACAGACUGAAAUGGUCUUUUAAAGUCUACGACAGAGAUGACAGCGGAAAGUUGGACAGACAAGAAGUCAAACGUGUUAUAAAGGUAAUUUGCCAACUUAAGAAAAACCACAUCCACAUGACGCCCAGCAACAUCUGCGACAGGAUUUUCGAACUUUUGGAUGAAAACAAUGAUGGUCAAAUAUCCCUGUCCGAGUUCAUGGAAGGGGCACAGAAAGAUGCCUGGAUUAUGGACCUCUUAAAACUGGACACUAAUGCACGGGUCUGGUUCAGGGAAAACUGGGGGAAAAAAACAUGAGUUUCCAGUAAGGUCAAGGCCCAUGGGGCAAAACCUGCGUGACCUUUUACAGUCCUUCAAAUGUUGGGGGCUGCGAAUGGGAGAGACCUGGUAUGGAGGUCAGAAAAUAUUUGCCUUCUGUACGUGCCUCAUCGUAAACACCAGUCUGCACAUGUAAAAGCGGCUGACAUUUUCUUCUUGGUGUGGUGCUGAUGCUGAUAUGUCGUUACCCAAGAAUGACAUCAAAAGCAUGGAUCAUAUGUUUAUAGAGGGGACUUCAAUUAUGAUCUGCAGUCAGCUUUACUAUUGAACCCGUUUAUAUCCUUUUCUAUAUAAGAAUAAUUUUUCUAUUAGUAUUAUAUAUUUCACAAUUAUGUCAUUAUCAGACUAUUUAGGUCUGUGC